CACCGAUCAACGGAAAGAGCCGAGAUGUCAGCUCGGUCAUGUGAUCAGCUGUGUCCAAUCACAGCUGAUCACAUGGCACUGCCAGUGCCCAUCAAUGCCACAUAUCAGUGCCUACCAGUGCACAUCAAUGCCACAUAUCAGUGCCCAUCUGAGCUGCCUUUCAGUGUCACCUGUCAGUGCCGCCUAUCAGUGCCCGUCAGUGCCACAUAUCAGUGCCUGUCAGUGCCACCUAUCAGUGCCAUAUAUGAGUGCUGCCUUUCAGUGCCCAUCAGUGAUGACUGUCAAUGCCCAUCAGUGCCACCUACU